CGUGGUCGUGGACAAGCGUGUCAAUGACAGAACCUUCAUCUAUCUCUAGGAGCACGCUACCGCCCACGGCAUCACUCCUUCAAACUUGGCGUCAGCUGGCAUUACACGAGGACACCAUGUCCAGCGGCAAUGUGGAACUCCUGGGCGACAAUGUGGAAAUCCUGGAUUACGAACCCGAGGGCGAGGUUCCCACCGCAGAGCAGUUUCCAGCGGCCGAUCCGGCGGAACUGGAGCGGGCCUACAACACCGGACGUGUCUCUCUGGAGGAUAUCGUAGAAGCGGCCCAUCUGUCGUCCGAUUCCCCCCUUUUCGUUCCUCCUUUCUCGCUCCCGCCGGAAGACAGAUUAAUCCUCUUGCCCCACGACGAGUUUAUGGCGUACCAAAGGUUGAACGAGAUGUGGUGCGACGGUCUUGCCGGGAAGAUAGCAGAGGCGGAGGCGCGAGAGCAGGCGAAGCGCGAGGACGCGGAGCGCUUGGCGGAACGUGAGGCUGCUCUGGCUGCUGCGGCAAGGAAGCAGGAGGAGGAACGUGAGGCUGUUCUGGCUGCUGCGGCGAGGAAGCAGGAGGAGGAGCGUGCGGCUGUUCUGACGGAGCGUGAGGCGUAUCUCCAAGCGGCUAGGGCGAAGAAGGGGGCGCUCCGAUCGCGGCUGGAGGAGCUGGAGCCCCGCCACCAGGACCCGCGAGCAGCCCCCCACCCCCGUCGCCGUGUUAUCGCCCCCCCUCCCACGCAAUCCCAGGUGCCCCUUGGUUCCCAUCGUACCGCCUCGCCGCACGAGAAGGAGCGGGAGGUGGCGGCUUCUCCGACGAACGAGAAGGAGCGGGAGAGGACAACGACUCUGGAGUUUUCGGUGACGUUGGGUCUUCCGGCCGGUGCUGAAGGCGGAGCAUCGUUUGCGGCCGCAAUCACGGUGUACGAGUUCCACGUUGGAGAUACAGCGUUCCUAUCCCGCCCGCUGGAGUUGCCUGCAGAAGAUGUAACGUUCCAAGAUGAGGACAAAUCGGCAGCUCGUUAUACAUGGGCUGGCAUAAAACAACUCGUCCGUGCACAAUUUCCCCAACCGCACACCGUUGCUUUCGGACACAUUCACCAUACCCCAUACAUCGCGAAACUUCCGCCUUCUUCGCGGCAGUCCAUGUUCCAGCUUUUGUUCGCUCUCCGUCGUGCCACCUUUAAUAGAGGUCCUCAAGGAAUGUCGGUGGUGACACAAGAUGGAGGGCUCCAGCUGCCUCUUGCUCGUGCUGCCUCGAACAACGACUUCAAGCACGAUCUGCAAGCCCCCCGGCAGGCCUCUCCACGCCCUGCACAUGGUUCUGGAGGGGACACGGACUACAGUUGGUCGGCGGCCCCUGUGUCCAAGAGCUGGAAGAACCGUUGGGGUGACCAAGAUUCGACGGCCAAGAGCGGGACGGACGACCACCGCCGCUCCACCCAGUCUUCGCGAGGGCGCGGCGUCGGGGAUAACAGGCGAGGGCGAGCCGUGGGGAGCCAGCCUACCAGGUCUUCGCCAGCGAGUCGCCAUCGCCGGAGCAGGAGUCGGAGCGCAGAACGUCAACAGCGCACCAAUCCUUCGUCUAGGCGUGGGCGCAGCCGGAGCGGAGGCCGUCGUGGGAGAAACACGCCUCCGUCUAGGCGUAGCCGCAGCCGGAGCCAAAACCGGAGCGGGGGCAACAGCAGGGCGACCAGCACUGACAGAAGUCGCGGCGGAAAAGGGGGACGGAGGUCAGGUCACGGUAACAGGCAAGUGAUGUAUGAUCGAGGAGCGAGAGCGAGGCACGAGGCUCUGGACGCUUCGGACGCCGCUGCAACGGAGGCCAACACCAUCCGCAUUCAAGACAAGAUGGACAAGCUGAAGCCGGAACAACUUGAACACCUCUUUUGGGCACACAUUUCGAGCCUCGAGCCGUCUCCCGGGCGCCGUUAG